UAGUUGCGCCAAUGCUCACAGCUGUGAUAACAGCCUUUGUCUCCUCGAUUUUCUCUCUAUCUAACAAGAGGUCUUCGAUAUCCGCUGACGAUUGAUAUGUCGAGCCCAGUGCCCUACAUGGGGAAACUGUGCUGCACCAUCUGCGGCGACGCGAUCGUGCCGCCAACACAUCAACUCAGCGAAGCCGAAAAAUGGCAGGCGGAAGCCGUACUGCUCAGCGACCCGGAUAGGGAGUUCGAGCAAUUAGAGGAGCAUUAUCGGGACGGGAAGAAACAUAAUGCUCAGAGAUUUAAUAUCUCUGCAACGCGAGAGAUCCGGAAGGACCGUGCGCAUGUGAUCGAGAAGGAUCGUCUUCGGAUUAUCACCGCUGACGAAAAUGGGGACGUUAGUACUCAACAGGAGGAAGUAAAGUCAAACCGUUCGUAUGGCCAUGAGGAAAAUGGCGAAUGGGUGGUGACACCGUACUAUAUUGCGACGCACGCCGCAUGUCUUGAGGUAGCCGAGACAGCCAUGCGUCGCUCGCCCCAUGAUAUCGCCGUCCGCGACUUGCGCACCUUGUGGAAAGUUCUGCGCAUGCGCUUUAAAGUUGAUGAUACAUAUCUUAUGAGCUCGACGAUUGAUUUCAUAGCAUCGCCUCAGCGGAUCCAAUUGCCCCAUAGCUAUUAUAUGCCAUUUCGACUAGCUCCCAUAUUGUCGGAGUCUUUCCCGGGUGUGGUUGAUGGGAACUUGGAGCGAUGGGAAGCAGCUUACCCUUUAAACAUCCCCGACAUGACGACAGCAGUUCUCGAGAACUUAAGGAGCCUCUCACCAGCAGUGGCAGCCAUUCCAGAAGCCGUCUCUUUCCAAGAAAGAUUCCUAGCGCUCCCACCCGAGCUUCAAGACCAUGUGUGCUCGUUUCUAGUAUCUCGUAACGGUAUGUCGAGCACUUGCAACGUGCUACUACCGCAAUGGACAUGGCGUGAGGUACUACUCCGCGGAGAAUGCCUACCGUUCCUACAAGACGUCGACAUCGCCGUCGUCAGGGACUUCUGUCUAAGAUGGAAGCGCGAUAAUGGGAGCCGGGAACCCAAUUGGGAGCUGCUCGUCCGUAAACUCAGCCAAGAGGCAUGGUCCAUCUGGGAUGCCGAGAGUAGCUCGUUGAAAGUGCCGAACGGCCUGCGCAAUCGAAGACGAAUAUGGCAGCUGGUUGAGGAGAUGUAUGUCGGAGACUUGGUACCGGUGAAGAGAGUGACGUUGAUGAAUAGCGGAUGUGUGUCAGUGCCGAGAUACUGGGAUGAGCGUGGAGAAUUGAUGCAUCCGGUUGUGAGAGUUCAUGUUGGUUCUAGGGAUAAAUUGAGAUCGAUAAUGGCUUGAACCGUAUUCAUACCCCGCACUGCGGGGCUGAUUUCUUUAGUGGCUCAGUCCCUACGCUUUGGCUGUAUCUCAGUGGAGUUUUAGGCGGACCAGUCACUAUCAAUAAAGCACUAGAGAAAUAAUAGAGAAGUGCCUU